ACGCUGACACGGGGGGGUUUAGUUUAUUGUUGACGUGACAAGUGUUUACAAAAAAAAACCAAAGACAAAAGAGCACCUAUUAGUGAUAAGUGACGUACAAUUUUUAACAGUAAUUAUUUUUCUUGUUCCUGUUGAUUUAUUCGCGUGUGUGACUGUGUGUGUGUCUGUGAGUGCUCGCGGACGAUUUUUAUUGGUUUAUUGCAUUAUCUCGGAGUUAAUUCCCAUCGCUUGUUCGAGUGGAUAUCACGGGACGGUUCGAAACGUAUCGUUUCACCACGGAGUUGGACCUGCACCAAAGGGCAACCGGCCACCUCAUAAGGGCGGCCGGUGCCAUGUGUGAAGGUGGAUUCGCCCACAGCGGUGACGGCUUGAGUCGAAUGGCCUCGCUAGGUGUCGGGGGCGGUCCUGUCCCCGUAUCAUCUGCCGCCGCCAUGGCCGCUGCGGGGCUCGGGGGCGGUACUGGGCCUCCGGGUACCAAGAAAAUGCAAGAAGAUCACAUUAAGAGGCCUAUGAAUGCCUUCAUGGUCUGGUCGAGGCUACAGAGGCGGAAGAUAGCGCAAGAGAAUCCCAAGAUGCACAACUCCGAGAUCUCCAAGAGGUUAGGUGCAGAAUGGAAGCUUCUAACUGAAGACGAGAAGCGGCCAUUUAUAGACGAGGCGAAGAGACUGCGGGCGAUGCAUAUGAAGGAGCACCCCGACUACAAGUACCGCCCCAGGAGGAAACCGAAAACACUACGAAAGGAAGGCUACCCGUACUCGAUACCUUACCCAUCGGUACCCAUGGACGCACUUCGGGCAGGUAUGGCGGCCAGUCAAAUGGGCCAGGUGGGGAGCUACUACAAUCCCGCUGCGGCAGCUUACGGCUCCCUCAGUGCGGCGAGCAUGGCAGCAGCGGCAGCGGCAGCGGCAGCCCAGCAGUCCGCCAUAUCGGGACUCUCCGCGCCAGCUCAGGUGGUGAGUUCCAUGGACGCCAUGAAGUACUCUAUGGAGGCAGACAAAUAUCGGUCAGCGUACAGCAUGCCACCUUCGACCCUCGCCAUGUCGAUGUACUCAGCUGACCCCAAAUACAUGGACUCCACCGCUAAGAGCUACAUGGAGCGAGGCUAUCUGGAUCCAACUUCAGCCCUGACUAAAGCUUAUUUCGAGUCCUCCAAAAUGUACAUGGAAUCCGGGGCAGCGGCUGCUGCUGCAGCUGCAAGUAGGGGGGCUUAUGACCCUUCAGAGGCUUCCCAACGAGGCAGCACAGCCGGGGCGUACCCUUCACUAGACAUCAGUAAGAUGUAUGCGGACACGGCGUCCUCAGCUCCACAGCCGUCAAGGACUCCAACAGACUCCCCCGACGUCGUCAUCAAAAGCAACAACACUGGCAACAGCAGUGGGAUCUCGUCAAGCGAACGUCAGGAAGUUGGUGCGUCUUCAUCGGCUUCCUCGACGUCUACUUCUUCAGCGGCAGCGUCGCCCGGAGGCCUGCCAAAUUAUUACCCAGGUACAGCACCUGUGGUCCACCAACAAGGCCCCCCGAUGCCGGGGCUCAUCCCGAUGACCCAGAUGUCCCAGUACGCGAGCGGGCAUUAUCACCAGGCAGCCACACCAGGCGGCGGCGAGUUCAGGCGACCAUUAACGGUUAUCUUCUGACCUGACAGGGCGUAGCCCUCAGGCUUGCCUCGGCAGCUUUCUAGCCCCCCUCCCCAACAGCUCCCGUUUCCACAUUCCAUACUGGACCUUCUGGGCUUGUAUUGACUGUCACAUGAAAAUGGGCGUCUUCCACAGAGGAAAUCCCUCCGUAUAUUCCGCACCACAAAAUCGGAGCACAAUUUUAUAUCCUUGAUUGGGGUUCGAGUCACAAGAUGCCAUAUUCUCCUUUAUUUAUAGUUUCAAUGUUAGUUUACGCCACCCAGUUCUCAAGAGCUCGAAUUUGUGAUUUGUUAAAUGACUGCUGAAAUCAGAAUUUGUUUUAAAAUGUUACAUAUAUACAAAAUAUAAGCAUAAAUUUAGGAAUGACUUAAACCUUCAGAAAAGAUAUUUUGCCGCCUGUUUCAGUAUUAAGUAGUGUAGUGUGUAUUUAUGGGUUUAAAGUGUUCUUAUUAGAGGAAAAAGCGAGCGAGGAUUGAAUUUCUAAAUAUUAUUCAGACGAAUUUCAGGCUUCAAAGAAAUAAGCAUGAAAUGGAGUCAGUAGCAUUGAGCAUCUUCAGUCUGAAUACAAAGAUCCAUUGUCAGGUUAAGAAUAGGGCGUGCUUAUUUGCAGAAAUGUUGUUUGUUAAAUUAUCGUCAGAGGAUUUCUUCUGUGGGAUUCGUGUAUUUGAAGUGAUUAAUGUUAAUAUUCAAUGGACGAAGAAGAUAUCUGUUGAGAAGGAAAAUUUUGUACCCUGUGAUUUAAUAUUUAAGCGUCCUGUGCAUGAAAACGGACAGAUGCAGGUUGGUUAUAUACAUAGAAUUUUAUAUACAAAACUGUGAUGCAAGUUCUUGGGCGCCGUGGAGACGCAUUAAAAGUUAAUGUUGUUUGGAAUGCUUGUCUGCAGGACCGUAUUAACGGUGUAAAGAUUUUAUAGCAUGAUACAGUUUAAAGAAAUGCAAAAAAGUACUGACAAGUUGUUUGUGUGUGUGUGUGUGUGUGUGUGAGUGUCAAUUCCCGCCAUAUUGUAGAAAAAUUUAUAUGUUUGAAAUCAGUUGCUUUUGUUUUCGAAAAGUGCAGGAUCCUCAUUGUUUUGAUCUAUGUAUCAAUAUAAAAUGUGCCAUAUUUCAAGGAAAAUUGUACAUUUGCAGCUGGACUUCAUUUUGCUAAUUUAAAUAGGAGAAUGCAAUUUCGCUUUUUGGGGGGGGUGGACUCCAACUGGGUCCACUCGG